AUUCGAGACUCGUUCACUUUCAUUUAACAAGUGCGCGAAAAAAUCAUAACGUUUGUCCGAUUCAGUUUUGCCUAAUCAUUUUAGUAGAGUAAUAAACAAAAGACCCCAUUGAAUUCAACCAAGAUAAAUACUUUCAACACAAUACAGUCACAAUGCAGCGCCCUCGUCGUACAUCGGAGUUUUGUGAAGAACCGGGCACAGCAACUAAACGCUCAUCUAGGAGCACACAACAGCGGCAAAGUCGCAUUGCACGCCCGCCUUCGAUAGAACGUCAAACUUUGGUGCUACCCAGCUCUACACAUCGUGCCAGUCGCAUUACACCCCAAAAGCAAAUGCAAAAUGUCUCCAAUGCGGAUGCUCCAGGCACUGCACACAAAUACAACUCAAGUAAAUCCAGUCACAUCACGCGUCCCUCUUCGAUAGAACGCCAAACCGGUUUACCCGGCUCUACGCUACUUGGCAGUCGUACUACACCACAAAAAACACCCAAUUCUGUAAGGAAAUUAACAUCAUGUGCAUUAUUUAAUGCAGAAAAGCAACGCAGUGCGCAUAAUGAUAAAAUUUGGGUGCAAGAGAGGGCACAGCGUAUUGUGGAGCACUUGCGGAAAACCGCCAAACCUGGUGCAGUGCACGGUUUGGCAGCCGAUUUUUUCGCUCGUAGCGGUUGCUUGCGUACAAUGUCCACAAAACAGUUUAUCGGAAUUGUCAAUUAUUUUCUACACUAUAUUUGGGGUACACGAUUUACAGUGGGCAGCAAUUAUGUAGACGAUAUUAUAAAUAUACUGCAAAAACUUAAAUAUCCCUAUCAAGUGAACAAGUCAUGGCUAAAGACGCCUAAUGCGUCGCAUUCAUUUGGCUAUGUAAUACAAUUAUUAGACUUUCUAAUGGAUUUUGUGCCACCGGAAAGCGAAGAGGAAGCUUCUGCUAUGCAAUUUGAACUUGAAGACCCAGAGAAACUAGGUCAGAGCUCAUUGAUGCAGGAAUCGCCUGAUGCUGACUUUACAGAACUGAUGUUACAAAACUCUGAAGAAGGUUUCAUGCUCUGGGAUAAGCAAAAGGAUGACGAUCUCCAAAACUUACAGCAGCAAACAUGUGGCGUACUAAUAUAUAAACGUUCUGGACUACAAGGUACCUUAGCGCUGGAUGCGCAAAUACAUGAACUGAAACAAGAAUUAAAAGAGGAGCAGAAGAAGCGUCCACAUAUACGCAAAGAAGAUGAAGAACAUUGCCUUCAGUUGAAAAGUGAGCAUGAAGAGACUCAAACCCAAAUAAAGACAGCCCAGGAAACACUCGAAGCAAUUACAAAACAAUUAAGCGAAAAGCAGGCAGAACGGCAACAAUACAAAGACGAAUUGAUGGAACUAUUAGAGGAAAAGAUCCAGAUAAAAAAUGAACUUGAUAAGCAAACUAUGAGCGUAGACCAGCUAGAGGCGUUAGCCCAAGAGCUAGAGCAGGGUAAAUAUACCCUAAAACUUAUGGAGCGCACAUUAUGUGACCUGAAAGAUCGUCAACAUCAUCAGCAAGUAUUACUGGCGCGUCAUAAAAAACAAUUGACCGACCUAAUUGCUAAAUACAACGAUAGCAUACGUGAAGUUAGCUGCACUAAAUUGCAAGUUAAUGUGGACGCGCUUCUACUGCCACUAAAUCCAGAACCUGAUGAUGUAAAUGAACGCAUAAAAUUGUUGGAAGAAACACGCGACCAUGCGAAGCAACAACUAGAGCAAAUGGUGGAAAAACAGCAGGAACUGGAAAAGCAGGAAAAUGAACUAAACCAUGAGAUUAUGGUAAAUUUGAAUCCUCAAAUCGACGAGCUGGAGACGGCACUAAAGCUUGCUGAACGCAAUAGCAGAGAUUUUGAAAAACAAAGAGAAAAGCAAAAUGCAGCAAUGAAUGCGCAACUGCAAGAGCUAGAAGAACGUCUGCAAGAGAUGCAGGCUGAAUGCAAAAGUCUACAAGACACAAAACUUGAAAAACAAACCGAAAUUUCAAUGUUAGAAAAUCAAAAUGAGGAACUGAUGACGCGUGCAGAACGUGAGUACAAAGCGGCCGCCGAUGAACGUGAAGCCUUCCUCAAGGACUAUGAAAAAACACUUGAGCGUUCGAAUCAGAUAUUAUCGGAGUUUGAGCAAUUGAUUGAACAACGCGAUUUAGAGCUACAGCAAAUAGAGGAAGAGGAGAAAAAAGUUAAGUAUAAACCAAUGAAAUAAAAAUCAGUUUAUUAAUGUUCUUAUUUUUCUCAAUAUUAAAUACGCAAUAAUUUAUUGCAACACACAAAUGCAAGUACACAUUAAUCAUCAUAUAAAUUGCUUGAUAUAUCUAAAUAUUCUUAAUAACUUGCCCAAAUACAAUAUGCUGCGUCUAAAUGCUUGACUCUUACGUUGCUGCGAUUAGGUGAAAAUUUCAUUGGGUUCAGAGUUGUGGUCUGCACUGUUGCAAUACGCCCAUUUAAAUUUUUAUUUAUUUUAUUUUAACAAACGUUUUUUUUUUUUGUUUUGUAACUAUUGUAAGAUUUUGAUUUCGCUUACUCAGGCAAUCCUUUCCGCUUACGAUUGACCAUGUACAAAUCCAUAGUCCGCCGUGACUUCUUGAGUGAAAUUAUUGAUCCAUAGCAAUAAAGAUUCAUUCCUUUUUUUAUUUUUUUUUGUAUUAAUAUCCAUUUUUAAUAAGUAUGCCACAAGUACAUACAAUACAUUUUAAUGUAUCUCUUAUGCCUUUCCGGUAUUUUUGUUUUGUUUCAAUUAUUGCCGCCCAAAGCUUAGAGCAAAUGUUCUACUACAUAUAGUUUCUCUUCUCUUUGAAAGGUCAUUGGUUGUUGAUUUGUUUAUGAAAUGUAAAUUGCACUUGAAACAGCUACAAAAAUUCUUUGUUUAAAUAUAUUUAUGUAUGUAAUAUACUAGAAAAGGACGAUUUAUAUUUAGAGUACUAUGAAGAUAUUACUCGAAAUUUUUAAAUUUCAAAUUAUCUCUAAUGUCCCCAUUUAAAACUAAAAAAAAUUCAACCAAUAAUUUCUACUUAAUCGUCGCAUACAUUCGUAGUCCUUUACGCUAACGCAAUAUUAAAUCAUAGUUUUUAUUAAAUAUUCGCAAAAUUAUCUUACCCAAAAAGGACUUUGACACAGG